AUGCGUAGACAAGGACAGCCAGGUGAUAUGGAGGAGGAGUCAUGCAGCGAGGAUGAUGGGAGUGUCGGUUUGGUUGAAGGGAUUGGUGAAGUGGAUGAGGAGGGACGGGAUGAUCGUGAUGCCGUGACAUAUGGUGGGGCGCUGGUCGAGGUGUUUGGUAGGGAUCCCGGAACUGCCGGUGAUGUUGGUCUUGGAGAACGCACAACCACGAACUCAGACUUGCCCACUCAAACGGACAAUUCGGGGGCGACACAGAUAGACAUCACCCAAGAGAGUCAGGCGGGACGAGUGUCGGAUACUUCGGUGGCCGAGCGGGUGGAAGGGUUGAGGACGGCGGAGGACGUGAUUGCAGGGCGUAUACGGCGGAUGCAGGGAUUACUCCUGCAGCGUGAUGUGGCAAGACAGGCAGGAGAGGAACGUGCAACAAAUGAAGCAGGGGAUGGCAAGGCAGCAGGGGAUGGCCUGGCAGCAGGGGAGCGGCGGACAGGCAGGGUUGGGAGGGCGGCAGCGGACGGGAGGGCAGCAGGGGUUGGGAGGGCAGCAGGGGAUGGCAAGGCAGCAUGGGAUGACAGGGCAGCAAGGGAGCAGCGGACAGGCAGGGUUAGGAGGGCAGCAGGGGUUGGGAGGGCAGCAGAGGAUGGGAGGGCAGCAGGGGUUGGGAGGGCAGCAGGGGAUGGCAAGGCAGCAUGGGAUGACAGGGCAGCAGGGGAGCAGCGGACAGGCAGGGUUAGGAGGGCAGCAGGGGUUGGGAGGGCAGCAGAGGAUGGGAGGGCAGCAGGGGUUGGGAGGGCAGCAGGGGAUGGCAAGGCAGCAUGGGAUGACAGGGCAGCAGGGGAGCAGCGGACAGGCAGGGUUAGGAGGGCAGCAGGGGUUGGGAGGGCAGCAGAGGAUGGGAGGGCAGUAGGGGUUGGGAGGGCAGCAGGGGUUGGGAGGGCAGCAGGGGAUGGCAAGGAGGCAUGGGAUGACAGGGCAGCAUGGGAUGACAGGGGAGCAGGGGUUGGGAAGGCAGCAGGGGUUGGGAGGGCAGCAGGGGUUGGGAGGGCAGCAGGGGAUGACAGGGAGGCAUGGGAUGACAGGGCAGCAUGGGAUGACAGGGGAGCAGGGGUUGGGAAGGCAGCAGGGGUCGGGAGGGCAGCAGGGGUUGGGAGGGCAGCAGGGGUUGGGAGGGCAGCAGGGGUUGGGAGCGCAGCAGGGGUUGGGAGGGCAGCAGGGGUUGGGAGGGCAGCAGGGGUUGGGAGGGCAGCAGGGGUUGGGAGGGCAGCAGGGGAUGGCAAGGAGGCAUGGGAUGACAGGGCAGCAUGGGAUGACAGGGGAGCAGGGGUUGGGAGGGCAGCAGGUGUUGGGAGGGCAGCAGGGGAUGGCAAGGAGGCAUGGGAUGACAGGGCAGCAUGGGAUGACAAGGGAGCAGGGGUUGGGAAGGCAGCAGGGGUUGGGAGGGCAGCAGGGGUUGGGAGGGCAGCAGGGGUUGGGAGGGCAGCAGGGGUUGGGAGGGCAGCAGGGGUUGGGAGGGCAGCAGGGGAUGACAGGGGAGCAGGGGUUGGGAGGGCAGCAGGGGCUGGGAGGGCAGCAAGGGUUGGGAGGGCAGCAUGGGAUGGGAGGGCAGCAGGAUACGAGAGGCCAAUUUGGGUCCCAGGAUGCGUUACAAGGGCAAUUUGGGUACGUCCAAGCCCUUAA